UGCGGAUGACGUCAAAAGUAAGAUGGCCGCGCUGUAAUGUUUAUCUAACUGAAGCGCAGCUAUUGAUGCACAGAAAUGAAAAGAAAAUCUUAUUUAUAUUUACACGAGCUCAUUCUCACAACAGAUUCUACACAGAAAGGAUUAUUGCAUGAGUUUUUAUGCUGUAGUUGCUGUUUUCACAUCGGGAAAAUCUGAGUGCUGUUUAAAAACAUGUCUGCCAAAGUGGACGAUCCAGAGAGAAGUGAGUCAAGUGCCAAAAGCAGACGAGGAUCUGAAAGCGGAGGAAGAGAAAAUUUGAAACGUCACAGGAGCCGAAGCAGGUCGUCAUCCUCAUCAUCAUCCAGUUCUUCCUCGUCUUCAUCAUCGUCCUCUUCUUCACAGUCUUCAUCCAGCAGUGCUUCAUCACGCAGUAAGUCCAGCUCCAGUAGCUCAGAUUCUUGUACAAAACGAAGAAAGUCUUCAAAGAAAAGAAAAGAGAAGCAUGGAAAAAAGAAAGUAAAGAAAGAAAAGACACGCAAGCGUAAGAAAGUAAAGGCGCACAAAGACCAGGAUGACGCCUGUGGACCGGUUCAGAUUUCAAAGUAUCUUAAGGAAAAGAAGAAAAAAGGCAAGUACAGUAUGAUUUCAGGGAAGAAGAUUAAAAUGAAAGUAAAAAAGUCGAAGAAGGACAAGCAGAGGGACAAAAACAGAGCUGAACUGCUAGAGUUCUUAAACUCCACCUUCUGAUGCAGAAAUAUUUCUGUUUUUCCAUUACUAGCCUGAACACCCCUCAGGGAGAGACCAUCUUCAACUACAAAUGUUGUUUGUGCUGAUGUUAUACAUUGACAGUUCUUUAACAGAAAUUCUUUAUGUAAAUGGUUGACAUAACCCCUUUUUUUUACAAUGUUGUUUUUCUUCAAAGUAUGUUUAUUUCUGAUUCAAUAUACACAAAAAGACUGUAGCUUGGAUGUUGUGUGUUACUAAAGUUGUACAAAAAAUGGUAUUUUUAUUUUUAAUACAAUCCUCAAGUAAAUCAUUAUUAAAUCUCCUGAGAGAUAAAGAGUUAGUGAGUAAUGUGAAAAAAAUCUAGUUCACAGAAAAAUGUGAAACCUGUUGUUUGCUUUCUGCCAUGAAACACAAAAGAAAGCUCACACUCAACUUUUCCAUACAAUGAAGCUGAAUGGUGACCAGAGGCUAUCAUUCACAUUCAUUGUAUUCAGAAGAACGGUGUCACCAUUCAGCUUAACUUGUUUUUAUUUUAGGAACAAAGUGACAUUUUCAUUUUUGGGUGAUUUAUUUCUUUAAUGUGCAGAAUCGCUGUUUACCAGAUGAAGUUGCUGUUUCUCAGUUACACAUCUUCCCAAAACAAUUCAAAUCUGAUAGCUACAUUGUUUUUCUGUUGGUUUUCCAUGAUCAUUUUAUCUAGGCAGAAUUCAUUGUUGCUACAAGCAAAUAGUUGAGAACAGCCCUUUUAUGGUCCAUCUUUAUAAUACAGUGACUAUACUGUGAAAAGUCUGUGUGUCUUUAUUUUGGAAAUACAUCUUGAUACCACAGUUACGUACAUAAUCAUUCUACAAGAUGUAUUGAAACCAAUUACCAACCUUGCCCAAUUGACUUAUUGGAAGUUUAUUAUUAUAAAUCUAUGUGUUUUUUACAAAUUGAUGUAAUAUUGGAAUGGUUAUUGAUAGAGCUUAAGUUUUGCAGAACG